AUGAUUUUUCAAAUAUGGAGCAUCAAUAGUUUUCUAUAGCAAGUAUUUUAUACAUUUUGAUAAUUUUUAUACUUCGUACUAGUGUAUCAUUGGUCAUCAUGAUACAUUAAUACAUUUGCCACAUUGUAUUUCAUCUUAGCAUUUCCUUACAUAAAAAAACAAAUUCAAAAAGAGAGAGUAGCACUGAAAAGGACAUCCAAAAGACCAAAUUUCUUUCUGACUGAAAUUCAUGUUAUUUGGUUUAACCUUUAUAUACCACACCACACCGCACUUCAUCUUCAUAUUCUUUUCUACCUUCACUCCACUCCUUCAUUUCCUCUCUCUAACUAUCUCUCUCUACACAAAUAAUGGCAACCCCUCUUCAUUUCAUGACCUCAAACAAUGACCCAAACACAACCUCCUCAAACACCAACACCAACACCAACCAAUGGUCCAUCAUCAACCCACCACAACCCACCAACCAUCACUACCCCGUCCUCAAGCCGGUUUCGAACCCCAAACCUCGAGGCCGAAAGAGCGGUAACAAGUCCCAAAAUGGUCCCAAAAACAAGACUCCUCAAAGAGGUGUUGGAAUGGCUGAACUCGAACGCCUUCGCCUUCUCGAUGAACAACACUCUUCCCCUUCUAGUGGUAAUAUUAUUAAUAAUAAUGUUGCCGUUAACCAUCCGGUUGUUUCCGAUCCCCGGGUUAACCCGUCUUUUCAUCACCCGAAUUACCCGCUUUCCGGUGUACCGGUGAUUCGUUACUGUUUACCGAGUCAACCCAUUUCUGACCCGAGGUUGACUCACCGGGUCGGCAUUCCUGAGUCAGCUUCAGCUCCUUACUAUCCAGAGCUUCCUUCAAUGCCAAACCCUUCUUCACUUGAUCACUCAAUUCUUACUUCUUUCAAGAAGAAGAGGGUAAUUGGUGAGGAAACAGUAGGGUUUUCAAAAGGGUAUAAUGGUCAUUUUGGUGGCUUUGAUAUGAAAAAUGGAGACAAUUAUAAUCAAUUCUUGGCAUUUAACAAUGGAGGAUUUUCUGCUCUUUCUACUACUAUAAAUGGCAGUGAGGUGGUAGCAAUUCACAGAAAAUGGAGUGGAUCAGGAAAUGUAAUGAUGGAGUAUGGAUUUUUCCCAGGAAAAUCUGAAGAAAACAUGAUCAAACUCGACCGCGACGACAAUGAUAACACCAUCAACAAUUACUACAACAAAAUGGAAGAUUUAAACCUUAAAAUGGGAUUUAUUUCAGAUUCUUCAUCACCUUCUCCAUCUCCCUCUUCAUCAUCAUCCCUAUCUUCUCUCACAACAUCAACUACAACCACUUCCAACUCUUCCGUUGACUUGUCCUUAAAGCUUUCUAAUUACUAAAUUAAUUACAAGUUUUUAUUAUCCUUACUAAAAUCUGUUCUUAAUUUGAAGCCGUAAUUAUAAAUUAAUUAAUGGGUUUUUUUUCCUUUUUUUGGGAUGAGAAAAUUAACUUUCUGUUAUUUUACAUAAUUUAGUGAAUUGAUCAGACCUAAACCUAAAAAGUACUGAUUAAAUUUUGCUUCUUUUGCUUACUCCUUUUCUUGCAGUAAGUCUGUUCUUAUUCUGCUACCAAAACUGUAGUAUGGCAUUAAUUAUCAAUUUAUAAUACAGUACAAGUAUGUUUUUAUAUUGGGUAUUGUAGUAUCUUUCUUGGGUGUGAUUAUUAAAUGAGUGAAUCUUAUGUUAUUUAUGAUAAUAAUGAUAAAUAUAAAGCCUAGACAUUUAUUGAUUGGGUAUGUACAGUAUAUACUUCUAUAAUUCAUGAUUCAUAAAUAAAUAUGCAUGAUUUUAAAUUUAAUUUUUUUUUUGUUUUAGCAAUGCAACAUUAAUUAAAAGUGGUCAGGAUCUAUGAUUCAGUUUUUAGAUAGCCAGUGCGGUUAGUGUGAUUGUACUUUUACAAAGUUUUUGAUGUUCAGCACUUAUUUGCUGUUUUGUUAAUCUAGCACACAAAUUAAGCAUUGCUUUAAAGUUAUGACAUGAUCGAUAGUACUUGUAGUAUCAAGUAUGUUUCUACUCCCUUCGUCUCUAAAUUGUGUUUCUUCACGUUAAUUUAAUAGUGUAUGGGACAUUAGUGCAAGGA